CCGCCCGUCAGUUCCGCAGGAAUUUCAGCUAUUCGACUCGUUUCUGCUCCGCUCGACCGAGAAAAUCUCCGGUUGGAUCUCAGAUCAGAAUGUCUCAGGCUGACAAACUGAAGCAGGGACAGUUCACCAACCCAGAGACUCCUGGGUAUGUGGGCUUCGCCAACCUGCCCAACCAGGUUCACCGCAAAUCAGUGAAGAAGGGCUUUGAGUUCACCCUCAUGGUCGUCGGUGAAUCAGGUUUGGGGAAGUCCACUCUGAUCAACAGCCUGUUCCUCACUGACCUCUACCCUGAGCGGGUCAUUCCUGGAGCCGCAGAGAAGAUCGAGCGCACUGUGCAGAUUGAGGCGUCCACUGUGGAGAUUGAAGAACGCGGUGUUAAACUUCGUCUGACUGUGGUGGACACACCUGGAUACGGAGACGCUAUUAACAGCCAAGACUGCUUCAGCACAAUCAUCGCGUACAUUGAUGACCAGUUUGAGCGUUACCUGCAUGAUGAGAGUGGCCUGAACCGCAGACACAUCGUUGAUAACCGUGUUCACUGCUGUUUCUACUUCAUUUCACCACUCGGACACGGUUUGAAGCCCCUGGAUGUCCAGUUCAUGAAAGCUAUUCACAACAAAGUGAACGUGGUGCCUGUUAUUGCCAAAGCUGAUACGCUCACUCUGAAGGAGAGAGAGAGGCUCAAGCGCAGGAUUUUAGAUGAGAUAGACGAACAUGGCAUUAAGAUCUACCACCUCCCAGACGCUGAGUCAGACGAGGAUGAGGACUUCAAAGAGCAAACGAGGAUUCUGAAGACCAGUAUCCCAUUUGCCGUGGUGGGAUCCAACCAGCAGAUCGAGGCGAAAGGAAAGAAGGUGCGUGGGCGUUUGUACCCAUGGGGCGUGGUGGAGGUAGAAAACCCCGAACACAAUGACUUCCUCAAACUUCGCACAAUGCUCAUCACCCACAUGCAGGAUCUCCAGGAAGUGACCCAGGACCUGCACUAUGAGAACUUCCGCUCCGAGCGCCUCAAACGGGGCGGCAGGUUGUCCUCCCAUGGUUACAUUCUGCCUCUGUCGCCUGCGAAGGGUCCGGACCCAGAGGAGAUGGACAAGGACAUGAUCCUGCAGGAGAAGGAGGCUGAGCUGAGACGAAUGCAGGAGAUGAUCGCUAAGAUGCAGGCACAGAUGCAGAAGCAGGGCGAUGGCGAAGGAGAUGGACCCCACGUGUGAACGAAACAGUGCAGAGCUGUUGUUUGAGCAUGACCAGCAGAAAACAGACAGAAGGCAGGAGCGGAAGGGAGGCUGGUGCAUGUCUCGUUAUGCUUGCCACUUUCUUAGUUUCUUCUACUCUUACUUGGGAUAAUGUUUUUUUUAUUUCUUUUUUGUAAGCAGUAUUAUUAUUGUUAUUAUUGUUAUUUUUUAUUUACCCAAAUGCUGUUUCUAAUAUUAUAUAAUUUGUACCAAACUAUUGAACUAUGCCUAUAACCAAAUUGAAGUAUACAGACCAGUGAGUAGUUUUUCUUGUUAAUUGCAGAGUCAUUUAUGUGGUAGCAUCUUAAUACAUUUUGUUUUUUAAUCUGAUAAGAAGGCCACCUGCUGCCGCUGCUGCUGUUCAGUAAGAACCCACUGCUGUAGAGUCUCUUAAAGGAAACACAGCACAAAGCGCUAACCAUGGCUGACAGAAGUAGGACAUGAAAGCCUGCGGCCAGCAUCCUCAUUAAUUAGCCACGUUAGCAUAUUUGGCUAAGUCAUUCCUUUAACAUUCUGUGGCAGCUCCUCUACCACUGAAAGUCCUCCUGAUCACGGGACGGGGAACCUGCCAGCUGGCUCCAGAACAAACACUGUGAGAAGACUGCAGCAGCGCAGGGUUUGGAUCGUUACUGUGAUGGGUGCUGCACCAGUUUUUGGAGGUUAAGUGGUGGUGUGGAAUGUUUUCCAGGAGAGUAGUGAAGUGGCCCUCAGCUGGUUGGUAAUAUACUAUUCAGUAUACUGUGACUAGUCUGGCUAGUGUUUCUCAGUUAGCCAGAUAUCUUAAGCCUAAAUCCAGGCAUAUCCAAUAGGAGGAGAACUAGAGAACAUUCCUUUUGGAUGGUCCUCACUUUUGGCUUAAAUCAUCCAGGUCUGGUGACCUGCUAGUGCUUUUGCUGUUGUAGCAUACCUGUUCCACUUCAUGAAGGGCUUAAAUUACCUGCUGGGGCUGCGUGAUGAUGACACACUUCUAGUACUGCAAUUAUGAUGCACCUGCAAUAUGCCUAUAAAGGACUGGUAAACCAGUAGACCUCUGAAGUCAACAUCAUGCCCUUUUAGGAACUACGCAGAAUUUCUCUUUGGAAAAAGUGAAUGGUGGUUCUAAAAUGGCCUUUAUCGCACCCUAGUGAACCAAAAUGUGCCAAACCUGAUACAAUUUCCUCUCAAGUGUCACUGGAUCCUAUGAAUUACGAGGUCGUUUAGCAGUGAAAAUAUGAAUAAAGCUACAUACCUGCUACAAGCCCACCAAUGCCUAUAGAGCCUUGGUGAACCAGUAGGCCUCUGUAGUUGUAUUAACCAUAUUACGAACUAAGAUUUUCUCUAUGGAAAAAAAGCAGUGUUUCUAAAAUUGGCACUACAGCGCUGUGUAGUAAACGAAAAUGUCGUAAACGCGAUACAGUGAUUCCACCACCACCACCAAUAAGUGUAUGUGAAAUUAUGAAUAAUGCUACUAGGAAGCCAACACUGCACACUGAUCUGAUCUUGAUUAUACAUCAAUACUAUAUCGCUAUUAUAUCGAAGAAAACCUUGUGUCUCCAUCUUUGUCGUUUUUCGGUUUCUGACCAUUUAAUAAUGCCUGUUGCCCUUUACAAUGUAUAUACAUUUCAUGGCGAAUGGACCAAAAGACACAGCCCAAAAUUACUUGAAAAAAGUCUGGUUCCAUUGACUCACAUUAAAACUAAAGUAGGUUUUUUUCCUUCUCCUGUAAAGUUACCAUUUUUGGAGAUACAAGGUUUUUUCCGACAACAGCGAGUCAAUGUUGGUUUGUAAUAUGUAGUAAUGUAGGCGGCUUAUUAGCGGCUUCAUAAUUCUGAGCAUCUGGAUUUGGAGCUACAAAAAAUGUACCAACUUUUAGCACAGUAGCAACAAAAUUUCCCGAAACCCAUUUGUUUUUCCCAUAGAGAUAACCAGAUGAGACCUGGAGUUCCUUAUUUGGGCAUGACCACUUCAGAGGUCUGUGUGACAUCAAGGCCUUUUAUUGGAAAGCAUGAACACUGUGAUUCAUUAAAACAGCCACAGAAAUGCAUCUGGGGCUGUAAUUGGUCAGAUUAGAAAGCUUAUUUACAUAUUACAAUGCGUUAACUGUAUUGCAAAGGCCAGUAUCGCGAUGAUGAUUAACAAGCAGCAUAUCGUGCAGCCCUGCAGGUGAGCUAGAGCAGAUAAAAAGUGGCAGCUGAUUUGUACUGUUAUGAAAGAGGAGUGGCCGCUCUUUCACGUGGUUGUGGUGGUGAUUACGUAUACUGUAUGUGCCUCUGUGGAUUCUGUCCCACAGCUGUCAGAAACAGCUGUACGGUGUGAAGUUGACUGGUGCGGUAAUACACCCAGGAGUGCAGUGAAGUAUCAGCCCGGUGAUGUGUUAAUGUACAGUGUUGGGCCCUGACGCAUGCCAAAUAACUCCUCCCUCGGCCCUACGUUAAUAUUAAUGAGCCCUCACCCUGUGAAGGUGACCUGUGUGGUUGUGUGCACCUACUGCCCAUUCUGUAAGUCUUCAUCAACUCUUUAAACAAAAAAAGACCUUGAUAUGGGAGAUUUCCCAUCUGUUCAGCUCCAGUUAGUCCCUUAAACUGGUUGACACUGUCCACAGUUUUAUCUGGAAUCUGUUAACAUUCCACUUGUACGGUUUGAGAACUUUCUCUAAUAAACUUGUUGGCUAUUAUCUCGUAUUGUAAUAAAGGUUUUUAUGAAAGCUUA